AAUAUCUUGGAUCUCCGGAUAGUAACUCAACUGGUGGGAAGUCAACAAAUCUAAAGGGCAUCCGAAACCUAAUACCGGGUCAUUUGAUUCCUUCCUAUAUGUUGCAGGCGAAUGAGAGAUUAUCCCUUACUUGGAAGCAAGGGAGGAAUCUCAGCCGGUAGCAAUCACCAAGUGACCCUUUCCCGUUCCUUUCCCGGGUUCCGGUGUCUUGGUUCCUGAUCUCUAAGAAAUCUAAAGCUGUGUGAGUGGAGUCUAUCACGUACACAUAUGCCGCCGUUGUGAUCGAAACCUUGGCCGCUCGCCUACCUACCUGCCAGUCAUCCAUCCCGUGCACCUUUUUGUCUAGGAAUUUAAUGCCACCACUGAGAGCUUUUGAGAACACCACCAAACCUCAAGUGUUCUCUUCCUGUGUUCUUCCUCUGCAUCGACCAGCUGGGGCUGGUUCUUUCCUUUUUGCUACCCCAGGGUCUUCAGGUUGCGCUGGUGCUUCGCCCCACCCCCGCGUUAAAGCUCUCGAAAAAGUACCCCGCCACCAACAUCGAGCCAUUGUAGGCUCUUUGCUGGGCGUCACCCUUUCUCGGCGUCACUCCUUCUCGGCGACCCUUCAGCUGACGGCCUCACCGGCGACGAUUGCAAGCACGCACAGAAGUCGUCGACAAAAUGGCCGGAUUCGCGACUAAGCGGCUCGGCAAAGAGCUGUCGAAAAUCAACGGCAACUCCCUCCCUCCGGGCAUUGAACUUGUGUCAGCCGAUAACUUUGAAGAGUGGUUCCUGGACAUCCGGGUACUCGACAACAAUCCUCUUUACCUGAACGAGAUCUACAGACUCAAGUUUCGUUUCAGCGCGCAGUAUCCCAUCGAACCUCCCGAGGUGACGUUUGUGAAGCUCGCCGACCGACCAAUCCCGAUCCAUCCCCACAUUUACUCCAAUGGAAUCAUCUGCCUCGAUCUCUUGGGACAGCAAGGAUGGAGUCCAGUGCAGAAUGUUGAGAGUGUGUGCAUGAGCCUCCAAAGUAUGUUGACAGGCAACAGCAGAAACGAACGGCCCGCGGGUGACGAGGAGUUUGUGCGUGCCAACAGACUGCGCCCCAAGGAUAUCGACUUCUAUUACGAUGAUAACAACGUCUGAGAUGGGAUGGACGGGUCUGACUCUGUCUGUUUUAUAUCUAGUUGGCUUUGAUUGAUUGGGAUAUGGCGUUUAUUGAGGAUGACUGGGAUACUGGGCAUUAAAGAUUCUCUGAUUGCAUAAUGAGCCGCUCUCACUCGGUCACAGCGAGCAUCCGAGGUGGAGUUUGGAAUUCUGCGAGCAUGAUUGUCAGGCUAAAAUUUCUGGG